AUGUCUUCUUCCUACGGCCGAUACAAUUCUCAAUCUUACGCUCCAUCUGCACCCGAGUUACCUCCACCUUCUAACCACACCCCUCUUAACAACAACUACACCCAAACCUCACCCCCCAAUUCAAACUACAACAACUAUUAUUCUUACGCUCAUGUUUCAUCCUCUGGUUAUCCUCCACCUUCCAAUUUUCCUCAAGGGACAAACCCUGAUGUUAUUAGAAGCUUUCAGAUGGUAGAUAGAGAUCGAAGCGGUUUUAUUGAUGAUAGAGAAUUGCAACAGGCUCUUUCUUCUUCUUUUCAUAAUUUUAACCUAAGGACUAUUCGUCUUCUUAUCUUUCUCUUUAAACAUCCCCAAGAGUCACUCACAAUUGGGCCAAAGGAAUUUACAGAGCUUUGGAGUUGUCUUGGUCACUGGCGAGGCAUAUUUGAGAGAUACGACAAAGAUAGGAGUGGGAAAAUUGAUCCAUUAGAGCUAAGAGAUGCUCUGUAUGGUAUUGGCUAUGCAGUACCAGCCUCGGUUCUACAACUUUUGCUUUCAAAGUACAGUGAUGGAAGUAGUAGGAGGGUUGAACUCGGAUUCGACAGUUUUGUCGAGUGUGGGAUGAUUAUCAAGGGUCUGACUGACAAAUUCAAGGUUAAGGACAAGCGUUAUUCCGGUUCAGCAACACUGUCGUAUGAUGAAUUUAUGUCUAUGGUGCUUCCUUUCCUUGUAUCUUAUGAUUGA